AUGUCAAUUAACAAGGAGACUUUGCUUAAAGCUGAGGCUGUUUUAAGAAGCGGUGACAAGUUCAAUGUUGAAGCUCUUGAUGUCGUUGUCAAAGCUAUGUCUACCGGAACAGGAGAGACUUCAAAAUUAGCUAUGAAAAUUAUGACUGAUCUUAAAGCUGAUCCUGAUUCUUGGAACAAAGUUGAUGUUGUGUUGUCGAAGUCUGAGAUUCCUGAAGCCAAAUUUUUUGCUUUACAAAUUCUUGAAGAUCUUAUUACAACAAGAUGGAAACUAUUACCAAGAGAACAGUGUGAUGGAAUUAAAAGUUUUAUCGUUGGAUUAGUUUUAACUGUCUGCAAUGAGGUUAAUACACUAGAUAAGAAUCAUCCAGCAAAAGCAUAUUUAAAAAAGCUUAACUGGGUAUUGGUUAAUAUUGUCAAACAGGAAUGGCCUACUUAUUGGCCUACUUUUAUUUCUGAAAUAGUUGAUUCUUCACGCAGCAAAUUAUUUGAGUUUGGUCAUGAUAUUACUGCUAAAAAGCAAGCUCAUAUGAAAAAUCAAUUUUGUAAUGAAUUUGAGGCUGUCUUUAAGCUUUGUUAUGAAAUUUUAAGUGACUCUAAAAGUAUUCCAUUAAUUGCAUCAACAUUAGAAACAUUAAACAGAUUUUUACAAUGGAUUCCUGUUGGAUACGUUUUUGAAACUGAAAUUGUUGUUUUCUUAGUUGAUAAAUUUUUACCCCAUCCAAUUUUCCGUUCUACUGCUAUAAGUUGUUUGGCAGAAAUUGCUGGAAUUAAAGUAAGUGGAACUCCAGAGUAUGAAGAAAGAAUAAAAUAUAUGAUGGUUAAUGUAAUUAAAAUUAUGUCUAUUCAAAUUUCAUUGGAUAUUGACUUUAAUAGUUGCUAUAUGAAUGGAAAAGACGAAGAUCAAAAAUUUAUAUCUAACUUUACUAAAUUUUUAACGACGUUUUUACGUCAACACAGUAAAAUUCUUGUUAUAUUUAAGGAAAAUGAAAAUGAGAAUACAAUGCCAAUUAAGGAAGCACAUAUGUUAGCAUUACAAUAUUUACUAAAAAUUUCUACUAUUGAUGAUACAGAAAUUUUUAAGGUCUGUCUUGAUUUUUGGGCAGAGUUAGUAACAGAUUUAUUCCGUGAAUCACCAUUUUCUAAAAGUGAUAGUCAAAUUCGUCUGUAUGCAUUUGAUUCACGAAGUUCUCCAAACAGAACUUACUAUUCAGAAGUUAUAUCAAAUCUUAGAUCUCUAAUGAUAUCUAAAAUGGCAAAACCUGAAGAAGUCAUUGUUGUAGUAAAUGAAAAUAAUGAAGCUGUUCGUGAGAGUGUAAAAGAUACAGAUGCAAUUUCAUUAUAUAAAACAAUGAGAGAGACUCUUGUAUACCUAACACACUUAGAUCCAAAUGACACAGAAAGGCAGAUGACGGAAAAACUUCAAAAACAAGUUGAUGGUAGUGAAUGGUCUUGGAACAAUUUAUCAAGAUUGUGUUGGGCUAUUGGUAGUAUUUCUGGUGCUAUGCAUGAAGAUGAUGAAAGACGUUUCUUGGUUACUGUCAUUCGUGAUUUACUAGCUUUGUGUGAACAAAAAAGAGGAAAAGACAACAAAGCAGUUAUUGCUUCAAAUAUUAUGUACGUCGUUGGUCAAUAUCCUAGAUUUUUAAGAGCUUUUUGGAGAUUUUUAAAAACUGUUAUAAAUAAACUUUUUGAAUUUAUGCAUGAAAGUCAUGAUGGUGUUCAAGAUAUGGCUUGUGAUACAUUUAUAAAAAUUGUUAUGAAAACAAAAAGACAUUUUAUUUUUGUACAAAAUGGUGAAGAGGGACCAUUUAUUGAGGAAAUUAUUGACAAUAUUGGAAAUAUUAUCUGUGAUUUGUCUAAAGCUCAGGUCCAUGUUUUUUAUGAAGCUCUUGGAAUUAUUGUUGGAUCUGCUAAUGAUUUGGCACUUCAAAAAAGUUGGCUUCAUGAUAUGUUUAAGUUACCAAAUGAUAUGUGGCAAGAUAUAAUCAACAAUGUAGAAAAAGAUCCUGAAUCUUUUUUGGAAUUUAAAGUUUUAGAAUCAAUUAUAAAUGUUUUAAAAACAUAUGUUUCUUCAUGUAAAUCAAUUGGUCAUCCUUUUGUAAAUGUUUUGAAUGAACGUUUUAUGGAUAUGAUGCACAUGUAUACAUUAUCAUCGAAAUAUCUUGAUCAAGGUCUUAAAGAAAUCGGUGAAUCUGUUUGCCACCAAAAAGUUUUUAAACUUUUAAGAUCAGUCAAACGUGAAAUAUUGUUACUUUUAUCUGCAUGGAUAUCACAUUCUAAAGAUAAAAGCAUUGUUCUUAAUAAUUAUAUGGACUUAAUUAUAAAGAAUAUUUUGAAUGAUUAUUUUAAUUGUAAGCACGUUGUAAGAGAACCAAAAGUUUUAUCUCUAAUGUCAAUUGUUGCAAUUCAUCUAGAAAAACAAAUGAAUGCCUAUGCUGCUACAACAUUUGAUUGUCUUUUUAUGUCAACAUUAGAUAUGAUUAAAGAUGAUAUGAUUACAUUUCCUGAACAUAGAGUAAAUUUCUAUAAGCUCCUUCAGGCUUUAUUUGCUACUUGUGAACAAUCAAUAUUUGAGUUUCCUGCUGAUAGAAUGGAAACAAUUAUUCAAGCAAUUGUUUGGGGUGCACAACAUCAACUUCGAGAUGUUGCUGAAACUGCUAUUGAUCUCAUUGCUUGUAUUCUUAGAAGUGCUGAGUUUCUGGAACCACAUCAAAAAGUGCAAUUUUUCCAAACGCAUUAUAUGACAAUUUUAGAGCAUAUUUUAGGAAUUGUUACUGAUAGAAAUCAAGUUCAAUUUAUUGGUCUUUCAAAGUUAACUGUUGCUUUGUGUGAAGCUUUUAGUAUCCCGGAGUACAAGUAUAAAGGAAGUUUAGAUCCUGAAAAUGCUGCAACAAAUAAUGUUGAAUAUAUAUACAAUUAUGUAUACAAUCUUUUUAAAGUACAUUUUACAAUGCUAACAGACAAACAAUUGGAAAUUAAUAUAAAAGGAUUUUUUUCAUAUAAUUUGUCUCCUGACAAAAUGCGCGAACAUAUUCGUGAUUUCCUCAUUCAGAUUAAGACUGCUUGUGGAGAGGAUACAGAAGACCUUUUCCUUGAGGAAAGAAAACGCGAAGUUGAAGAAGCUCAAGCACGAAAGAAUGCUAUUCCUGGAAUUUUAAAUCCAAAUGACGUUGAAGAUGAUAUGACUGAUUCUUAA